AGAGAACAAAUUGCUUCCAGAAAAAGUAGAAAAUCGCACAGCUCCUGUAAUCCCUCUCCUGAGAUCCGUUCAUCGUUCAAUCUCUCUCCGAUUUGAUGCCGUCUCGCAGAAGGACCCUCCUCAAAGUCAUCAUCCUCGGCGAUAGCGGGGUGGGGAAGACCUCGUUGAUGAAUCAAUAUGUGAAUAAAAAGUUCAGUAACCAGUACAAGGCGACUAUCGGGGCUGACUUCUUGACCAAGGAAGUACAGUUUGAAGAUCGUCUUUUCACUUUACAGAUCUGGGACACAGCUGGCCAGGAAAGGUUUCAGAGCCUUGGAGUAGCAUUUUAUCGCGGUGCCGAUUGCUGUGUUCUCGUGUACGAUGUCAAUUCCAUGAAAUCAUUUGACAAUCUCAACAACUGGAGGGAAGAAUUUCUGAUUCAGGCGAGUCCAUCAGAUCCAGAGAAUUUCCCGUUUGUCGUUAUUGGAAAUAAGACUGAUGUGGAUGGCGGAAACAGUCGUGUGGUUUCAGACAAAAAGGCUCGAGCAUGGUGUGCCUCCAAAGGAAACAUUCCCUACUUCGAGACCUCUGCCAAGGAAGGCACCAACGUAGAGGAAGCAUUCCAGUGCAUAGCCAAGAACGCGUUGAAGAGCGGUGAAGAAGAAGAAAGAUACUUACCAGACACUAUCGAUGUCGGGACAACAAGCCAGCAAAGGUCGACAGGGUGCGAGUGCUAAGACCAUUCUCGGAUCAGAUUCUUCUUCGCGAUCAGGUCAGCGGUUCGAUCUCUCGAAAACUCUGUUUAUCUCCGAGGGUUUUUACAUAUUUGUUGUACAUUGGUGUUCUGUGGGUAAUUAUAAAACGAAGAACUUAUAAGAAUCCAUAAAAUCGAAGAGUUUUAUUGUGGCCUUAUGUUAUCAGGCAUGUGGAAUCCUUAUGAUCUUUCCUUCUGUCGGUAAUUGUGUUUUGGUUCAGUCGUUGUAAUAUUCAUCUCUCAUAUCUGCAUUCAAACUC